ACGCCUGCGCGAGGGCGGGCGGCGGGGGCGCGCGCGCGGCGGGGGCGGGCUUUGCCGAGCGCAGAGCUGCAGCCGCGGAGCCGGACGUGUCCGCGAAGAUGGCGGGCCGGAGCAUGCAAGCGGCAAGAUGUCCUACAGAUGAAUUAUCUUUAACCAAUUGUGCAGUUGUGAAUGAAAAGGAUUUCCAGUCUGGCCAGCAUGUGAUUGUGAGGACCUCUCCCAAUCACAGGUACACAUUUACACUGAAGACACAUCCAUCAGUGGUUCCAGGGAGCAUUGCAUUCAGUUUACCUCAGAGAAAAUGGGCUGGGCUUUCUAUUGGGCAAGAAAUAGAAGUCUCCUUAUAUACAUUUGACAAAGCCAAACAGUGUAUUGGCACAAUGACCAUCGAGAUUGAUUUCCUGCAGAAAAAAAGCAUUGACUCCAACCCUUAUGACACCGACAAGAUGGCAGCAGAAUUUAUUCAGCAAUUCAACAACCAGGCCUUCUCAGUGGGACAACAGCUUGUCUUUAGCUUCAAUGAAAAGCUUUUUGGCUUACUGGUGAAGGACAUUGAAGCCAUGGAUCCUAGCAUCCUGAAGGGAGAGCCUGCGACAGGGAAAAGGCAGAAGAUUGAAGUAGGACUGGUUGUUGGAAACAGUCAAGUUGCAUUUGAAAAAGCAGAAAAUUCGUCACUUAAUCUUAUUGGCAAAGCUAAAACCAAGGAAAAUCGCCAAUCAAUUAUCAAUCCUGACUGGAACUUUGAAAAAAUGGGAAUAGGAGGUCUAGACAAGGAAUUUUCAGAUAUUUUCCGACGAGCAUUUGCUUCCCGAGUAUUUCCUCCAGAGAUUGUGGAGCAGAUGGGUUGUAAACAUGUUAAAGGCAUCCUGUUAUAUGGACCCCCAGGUUGUGGUAAGACUCUCUUGGCUCGACAGAUUGGCAAGAUGUUGAAUGCAAGAGAGCCCAAAGUGGUCAAUGGGCCAGAAAUCCUUAACAAAUAUGUGGGAGAAUCAGAGGCUAACAUUCGCAAACUUUUUGCUGAUGCUGAAGAGGAGCAAAGGAGGCUUGGUGCUAACAGUGGUUUGCACAUCAUCAUCUUUGAUGAAAUUGAUGCCAUCUGCAAGCAGAGAGGGAGCAUGGCUGGUAGCACGGGAGUUCAUGACACUGUUGUCAACCAGUUGCUGUCCAAAAUUGAUGGCGUGGAGCAGCUAAACAACAUCCUAGUCAUUGGAAUGACCAAUAGACCAGAUCUGAUAGAUGAGGCUCUUCUUAGACCUGGCAGACUGGAAGUUAAAAUGGAGAUAGGCUUGCCAGAUGAGAAAGGCCGACUACAGAUUCUUCACAUCCACACAGCAAGAAUGAGAGGGCAUCAGUUACUCUCUGCUGAUGUAGACAUUAAAGAACUGGCCAUGGAGACCAAGAAUUUCAGUGGUGCUGAAUUGGAGGGUCUGGUGCGAGCAGCCCAGUCCACUGCUAUGAAUAGACACAUAAAGGCCAGUACUAAAGUGGAAGUGGACAUGGAGAAAGCAGAAAGCCUGCAAGUGACGAGAGGAGACUUCCUUGCUUCUUUGGAGAAUGAUAUCAAACCAGCCUUUGGCACAAACCAAGAAGAUUAUGCAAGUUACAUUAUGAACGGUAUCAUCAAAUGGGGUGACCCAGUUACUCGAGUUCUAGAUGAUGGGGAGCUGCUGGUGCAGCAGACUAAGAACAGUGACCGCACACCAUUGGUCAGCGUGCUUCUGGAAGGCCCUCCUCACAGUGGGAAGACUGCUUUAGCUGCAAAAAUUGCAGAGGAAUCCAACUUCCCAUUCAUCAAGAUCUGUUCUCCUGAUAAAAUGAUUGGCUUUUCUGAAACAGCCAAAUGUCAGGCCAUGAAGAAGAUCUUUGAUGAUGCGUACAAAUCCCAGCUCAGUUGUGUGGUUGUGGAUGACAUUGAGAGAUUGCUUGAUUACGUCCCUAUUGGCCCUCGAUUUUCAAAUCUUGUAUUACAGGCUCUUCUCGUUUUACUGAAAAAGGCACCUCCUCAGGGCCGCAAGCUUCUUAUCAUUGGGACCACUAGCCGCAAAGAUGUCCUUCAGGAGAUGGAAAUGCUUAACGCUUUCAGCACCACCAUCCACGUGCCCAACAUUGCCACAGGAGAGCAGCUGUUGGAAGCUUUGGAGCUUUUGGGCAACUUCAAGGAUAAGGAACGCACCACAAUUGCACAGCAAGUCAAAGGGAAGAAGGUCUGGAUAGGAAUCAAGAAGUUACUAAUGCUGAUCGAGAUGUCCCUACAGAUGGAUCCUGAAUACCGUGUGAGAAAAUUCUUGGCCCUCUUAAGAGAAGAAGGAGCGUCCGAGAGACCAAGCAAGGAAGUUGGUUGUACUGUUGGUUUGCUCUCCCUGUCCUGCUUCGCAAAACUUCCUUGUCACAGUGCAGGAAAAACUUAAUGUAGCCCCCUUGAUUUUGAUUGAAAAUGAACUAUUUGAAACACACAGUGACCAAGGGAAGUGACCAAGGUGAAGAUGGCCUAGGAUCUUCACUGUCUUACUCAAGAUACUGGACUAAGUGGAACGUUCUCUACCUUCAACAUGUGCUCGCUCUGCAUGAUUAGUGCAAUAAAAUUCCCUUCCUUAUGCAUACUGAGAUAGCUUAGUGUCUCGUGGAAGGUGUCAAUUUGGUUUAGAAUGCUGCGCUUACCUUCCCAUGCAGGCUAAAGUGAUUCCUUCUUGCUCAGUCCCUCUGUGUGGGAACCAUCCAGUACUUGUGGACACUACACGUUUCAAGCUCUCUACUAGCACCAUCACCCUUGAAAACUCUCAGUCAGUGUCAUGAAUGUUGCAUGACAACAGUUGGCCGAUUAGAAGGCAGACUUUCUACAUGCAAAUCUGGCUUAGUAAAUCGAGGUGUGGGCCAGAGAUCCUCUGACAGCUGUCCUGAGCUAACACUAAAAGUCACUGGGUAUUUGGUUAAAGGUCUCCCACAAGACUGGUAUUCUCUUUGCCUGAAGAAACAAGGCAUUGAAUCUCUAAAAUGCUGUUCUCAAUCAUUGUCAGAGAUGUUUUCAAGUUGCAGUCAGAAGAUCUUUCUUAAUAGAAAGUCAGAUGACUACCGUGUUGGUUGUGAGUUCCCCUUAGUGUAACUAAUUUGCUCUGUGGUAAGAGAUAUGCUCAUUAUUACCACUUAGAAGAUGUUGUUAAAAACAUGUGAAAGAUAGGUAUGGAAAAAGCGUACACCCCCAAACAGAAAGGAGUUAUUAAAGUAAUUUACAAACCUCUCAGCACUAAUUAGUGUCCAACUCCAAGUGGGUCAAUUCCUUAGUAUAAUAUUAAGGCUUACUAGUAUCACUGCUUUUUCCUUAGCUUAAUGACUUACUUAGAAUUUAUCCUUUAUUUUAAAUGAUCUGUACUAUCUAGUGUCUAAAACACUAUUCUCCAGAAAAAUCAAUCAUUUUCUAGCCCUCUCCCUCAGUCCUUUAUUGUCCAUUCCAAUACAUUGAACACAUUUCCUUUACCCUCCACACACCUUUUCCAAAAGGAAGCACCCAUUGAGUCCUUUUGAGGGUGAUUUGUCUUACAACUGACUGACUUAGCAGGAAUUUAAUUAGGUCAUAUUUGGUGAUGAGACUUAGGGAGCGUGCCUCUCUCUCCCAACUACUGCUUAAAAUGCAAGGACAAGCAAUUAGAAGCCAUCCUAAGGUGCUUACCCCACACGCCACCCAUGAGGCUUGUGGCCACAGUGGCACUUGGGUGUGGCUCCUCUGUUAUUUGUCCUCAUGUGAGAAAGCAGAUCAUCUCCAAAUCUUGCCAUUUGUAUACUUUUGGUGGAGACUUGGAUGUCAUAUCUUCUUUGUUUUGGGUUUUCUUCCCUAGCUUAUUUUGUGGCUUUUAAAGAAGUGGAUUGUAUUGUGAGAUCCUGUGAUUCCUGGUGGCCAGUAUCCUGGAUUCCUCUAAGAUCUUGCCUCUUUCCUCCUCAUGAAAGCAGCACACAUUGUGUUAACUUAUGUCUCUUGUUAAAUGAGCUUAAUGUCUUUGUGUUUUGUCCAAAACUGUAUUGAAAAAAUAUUGUUUAAUGCAAAUGAAGGAAUGCAAUAAAGAGUAAAUAUACUUGAAAA